AUGUGCAAGCCCAAACUUGACAAGGAGACAAACGUCACUCUCAUUAUGAUGUUUUGCAAGCAGGUGAAGCUUGGUGAAAGGCACAGCUCUCUCUCAGGGCCCCAGUCUGUGCGGACCUCUUACCCUGCCACAGAGCUUCUCAGCCUGGAGGAGGCGCAGGCACGGAGGCGAGGCCACAGCAGCUCUCCUGUCGUUGUGACAGAGAGCAGUGACAUAGAGGUGGAAGAAGGCCCCACAACUGUACGGGGGAAAUUCCACACAGUCAUCGACUUUCCAUCUGAAAGACCAAGUCCACCCAGCAAGAUAAAGGAAUCACCAGCUGGCUGUUGGUGUUCCUGCUUCAGCCUGGGGAAACCAUCGUCUGGGGCCAAACGCCAACUGCAGUGCAAUGCCAGGGAGCCCUCAGAAACAGACAUUGUAGUCCUGGCAGGUGAUUCGAGCUCUUGUCAACUGAGCAGAGUUGGAGCAAGUAGCGAUGCUGGGCUGUGUGCUUCCACCAAUGGAGAGCUCGCAGGAAGCACAAAUGGCUGCGGUUCAGCUGACAGCCUGCCACAUAACAACAGUGAUGGACACGAGCAGCUCAUCCAAGUUCAAGCCCUCAUUUCUCCCGGCUCUGCUGAAGAUGCUGACCUGAGCCUGCCAGACACCACAGGCAGCCUGGACUGUGACCCGGUGCCUCUGCAGUGCAGCCCAGCCCAAGCAGAGCCCGAGUGCUCCGACAGCAGCACCGCCUUUGAGGAGAAGGUCAGCAUCAGCGAGGAGCAGCAGAGCCUCUUGGAGGGGGACUUGGAAUCCAGCCUCCAGUCCCAGGCACCGGACAUCAACAUUGACAGCUCUGAGCCACUCUCUCUGUGA